CCCGCUCUAAGAUGGCGGCACCGGCACCACGUGGUGCGCGCUGAGGCGCGGGCGGGGCUCGGGCGGGCGCUGGUGAUAUGGCGGCGGCGGCGGGCACGGGGAGCGAGGGCGAGAGGAGCGAUGAAGCGGAGGAAGACGAGGUGGAGGAGCAGCUGGUCAUGGUGGAACUAUCAGGAAUUAUUGAUUCAGGCUUCUUAGAAAAAUGUGAAAACAAAUGCAAGAUUUUGGGAAUAGAGACAGAGAAGCCCAUUUUACAAGUGGACAGAUAUGUAUUUGCAGGAGAAUAUGAAGAUACCUUGGGAACCUGUGUGGUUUUUGAAGAAAACACAGAGCACGAUGCGGAAGGCAACCAAAAAGUACAGCUGAAAUACAAGUGUCACACAGUGAAGAAGUUGAACAUGACACGGACCCUUCUGACAGAAAAGAAGGAAGGCGAAGAGAAUGUUGGUGGAGUGGAGUGGUUACAGAUCAAGGAAAGAGAUUUUUCCUACAGUAGGCCUAAUAUGAUUUGCAGUUUUAUGCGUGAAAAGGAUGAUUCUGAGGAGUCAGGCCAGACCCAAGACAAAUUGACUGAAGAGUCAGAGGGAGAGGUGAGUGGUGAAGGAAAUUCUGACAUGAAUUGUGAUCUGGAGAAGCAGCACACCUUGGAAAUAGAUGCUUCUAUUCCUCUGCCUGAAAGCCCUGCUUCUGGGACAGAGGAAUCUCCUUCUGGAAAUACUGCCUUAGAGGAUGUCCCUUCGUGAUAUCAACUCUGAUCUUGUCAUGAUUUUUUCACAGAAUUAACAAGCCAACUUUUACAGGCUAUGACAUGAUUUCCACUUUAUCUGAGCAAUUAAUAAUGGAAAAACAGACAUUGUGUUCUUGUGCAUUGCUUUUGUGUUUGAAAUAUAGUGGGAAGGGCUGAAGUGUUUUUAAAAAACUGAUUUGAAAUGUAUGUAUCUCUACCUCAAACUUGAACAAGGGGAAAUGGUUACAUAAUUAAAAGAAACUCAUUACUUAGAAAAAUGUUGAUGUAUUGUACAGUCUGGAACAUUUUGUAAAAAUUAAAAAACAUCAAUGUUUAAAAUAAAGUCUUGAAUUUUUCAAAUAUA